UGCGGAGCCUCACUUUUGUCGGCAUGUGUCUAGGUUUGCAUUUCUCUUUGUUUUUGCAAUUUUUCGACGACACUCGCAAGGUUCGAUUUUUGGUGCUCCGUGUCGAUGCUAACGCCAACUCAUGUCAAUUUUGAAGCGUAUGCUUUCAAGAGUUCAGUAGCGUCGAGCUGUGCUGCUGUUCGGAGGUUGCGGUGACUGUGUCGAGGUGCAGAGUCGCUAGGUAAUGUUGAGACUGAGAUAUGAAUAACCCUGAACAGAAUGUGCGUGCGCUCAAACGCUGUUGUGUGCGCUUCAAGGUUCCUGAUUUCAUAGAGACUAAGUUGUAUUCCAGAAAAGUCUGUAAGACAGACGUCGACCUGGAGUUGUUUAAAGACAAUGUGAAGAUUGUUGAAGACCAGUGCAGACGACUCGUAGGAGGUCGGAGGAACUACUCUCUGAAUCAUCCGUGUUGCUAUCUUGAAUGCGAAUUACCUGAUACUUUGUUUGCGGAGAACAACGGGGAGAUAGGACUCGAUGAAUCAGUGUUGCUGGAACAUAUACACCGAGAAACGAAAAAGGCAAUAAAAUCCCACCGAAAACUUCCGGGGAAUAAAUGUGUGCGCACAGCAUCGACACGGCCAUUGGAAUUCCACCGACAACAUCCGGACCAGGUUGCGGAGCCUAAGCGUUCGUCACAUGACGCCACUCCGUCAAGGAAUGAUGCCUCGCAGAAGGGCCCGGUCGCUGAAUGUUCCGAGGUGUCGCCUCCUAGCCGUGGUAAGGGUGCUGACGAUUUUCGAAAGGCUGUGGUUUAUCUGAAGGAGUAUUCGGAUGAACCUGCAUUUCGCAACAAACUUGCGGUAUGCGAAGAAGAGUACAAUGCAAUGGAACGCAAGCUGGAAGUCAUUCCUGCGGAGCGUUUUGAGAAGCCGCCUCCAAGCUGUAGUCAGGAUCAUCACAAGUUUCGAGGAGCUAUGAAUGAACUGAAGGAUAUGGUUGGUGGAAAUGUAUAUCGAUAUGUACUCGAUGCAUGCGAAAAAGCGUAUUAUGCAAAAGCACGCGAGGUGGAAGAUCGUUUCAAGGUGCCGCCUUCUAGCGACACUGAGGAUGCUCUCAAGUCACUAGGAAGCGGAGUACAGAAAGUGAAGGAAUUGGCGCCGACGAUAACACCUGGAAGUCGCGAAAAUGUUGAGAGAAUGGAAGAAGCGGUGAGUGGAAUAUCACGCAAGGUGAAAGGAAUAAAGAGGUACGGUUUUAGGAUUUUGGAAGCAUUUGUACAUAAUCAACUAAUCAACGCAUCUGGACAUUUCUCGGCAACAAGUGUAAGUUUAUCCGAAUCGCGGAUCUGUCCAAACUUGCAUCAAGUAGAUGUUUACACGCACGCGUCACCAAAAUUUGCUGCACUGGAGUUAUGAUUGGGUUUCAAAUUUUGUUUUUGCAUGUAACGUUUUCCGAUCCGGCGAGACUUUUAAGUAGAAUUAUUUAGUGGUGAUGUCAGAAACUGCGUCGUUCUUUGACGGUAAUGUCCUGUCAUUCUUGCGGAGUGUUCCGAGAAGCCGCCUCCAAGCCGUGGUCAGGAUCCUGACAAGGUUAAAGAGGCCAUGGAUGAAUUGGAUUAUUUGCUGGCUGAGACUGUACUCCUAUAUCCACUUGUUGUAUGCGAUGAAGACAACAAAGCAAAAGCGAACGAUGUGGAAUGUGGGCAAACAAAUGCAUUGCCCAUUCACUGUGGAAAAUGUCAAAAGGGCUAUUCCUGUUGACACUGGGUAAUUGUCUGCAUGGGAUCAAAUCUUGGAUUUAGAUCAAUGAAUAAGUUGUAAAUCAACUGGAACAUUAUCGCUGGAAGAAUCAGAUGUGCAAGCAAGGUGUGAGAUUGAAGCGGCGAUCACGGAUGAAUGUUCACUAAAAGGAGAUACAAGAUGCUGGCAACAAGUGUGCUGUCGUGGAAGAUUAAAGACACGAACGGAGGGAAAUAAACUACAACUGUGCAACACCAAGGACAUUUAAGGAUGAAGUGCUAAACCCUAAUAUUUACAAAGAGCCUGUGGUUAACAUGAUAAGACUGCUUUAAACCAGUUAUACUUAAAUUUAGCUCCAAACAAGGUUUGCAUAUCCUUUUACUCUAUUUUCUAUUUAUUGUUCUACUUUAAUUGAUAUAUAUUGUUUCUUAUAUCAAAUUUGGAAUAGAGUUUUACAAUUGCUUCAUGACCAUUUCAA